GAUAAAUGUUUAGUCUGAGCGGCUGACAACGUUUGGUGACUGGUCUGAACAUAAAAGCAGUUCAGGAAAAAGGUACUACUACAACUGUAAGACCGAGGUUUCGCAGUGGGAGAAACCCCGUGAUUGGGCAGAUUUUGAACGGUCCAGGCAAUCAAGCAAUGAUAAACGUCCCGACUGGUCGGAGAGAAGUGGAAUCAACUCCGAGGGACGGGGUGGGGUAGAAACUAGAGGGGAUGGUCGAGGAGGGGGUGAAGGACGAGGUGGGGAGGGACGAGGUGGAGAAGGACGAGGAGGGGAAGGACGAGGUGGUGAAGGACGAGGAGGAGGUGAAGGACGAAGAGAAGAUGAGAACUCCCGAGCUACUCCUGCCAAACUACACUGUGAUAGAACAUUAAGAGGAUCUAAGGAUAAACAUAGUUCGUCUCCUUUAUCCUGUCGCUUAGGGCGGGAUAGAUCAGGAGACGCCACGCCUACAAGUGAAGGGGAGGGAGGAGGACCCGUACUUGGGACACCUCAGGGCCAUAAUCAUCAUAGUUAUCCAGGGGGGCCUGUGUCCCAAUAUUCCGGUAGCUCCGUGUCUCAGUACUCCGGGAACUCAAUGUCCCAAUUCUCGGGGAAUUCCAUGUCCCAAUAUCCUAGCACCUCGAUGUCCCAGUAUCCCCCUGUGUCCCAAUAUCCCGGGGGCGCUGUAUCGUUGUAUCCAGGAGGCGCUGUAUCCCUAUCAGCUGCAAUACCAAGGAUAUCCACACAACACAGUUCCGGGCUCUCUAAAGAAAGAUGGGAGUCUCCUCGAAGCACUAUUUCCCAAUCUCCUACAUCCUCCAGUGAACAAACCCUACAACAGGCUGUGCUAUCACCUCUUCAACACCUGCACACUACUGCAGUCACGUUAACUCCUUCUUUAGCAAGAUUGCAUAGAGAAGAUUUAAUAUCUCAUGUACAGGGUUGGCCUGCUGAGCAGGUUGAACGGGGUUGUCACAGAUUAACCGAAGAAGCUCAUCAGAUAUCCAGUCAUGGAAUUACACGGGUGUCGGCUGAGUUGAAAAUGGCAAGAUCCCUUGUUCGGUUAGCAGAGAUCCAGGCAACCCUGCAGGAGCAGAGAAUUCUUUUCCUUAAACAACAAAUGCUAGACAUGGAGAAAUAUUCCUGUAUAUCUGAACCUGAACCUAACUCUCAUACUAUUCCAGACUCUACUGAGCACCGCUAAUUUCAACCCCCUCGCCAGACCCGUUAUCUCUAGAACCCCUUCUAUCAUCUGUGAGAAGAACUUAUCAACUUGAAUUCAGUUAUUAUCCAUUGUGGGAUAUAUUGUGAGAUUAUUCACAUAUUCAUCCUUCCCUUGUGCUACUGCUAUCAUUCACUCUGAAGUUACUUGUUGUCAAAUUUUAUGGUUUUUUGCAUUUCCUGGCUCCCCUCGUUUAUAACACACAGACACACACACACACUGUUGAAUAUUUGUUGAACUUGUUAUUCCUUUAUAUAUAGUGUCAUUCAUCGAGCAAACUUUGCACAACCUGACGAGGACUCUGCAGGUGGGAGAGGAGGAGGGGGGGGGGUUGUAUUAGGUGAAACCGAUCCGUGCAUUUUGUGUAAAUACUGUAAUAAUAUUUCAAUAAUAAAGAUGUUGGAACUAA